UGCGGCGUCGCCGUGACGGCCGGAGGGUAUCGACCGGGUGGUGGCGUCGGGAAGCGUCGUCGCAGAGACGCGUCGUCACCACGCCUGAUUCGGUGCAGUCGCAAUCUGCCGUUUAAUGACGACUGGACGCAUUCACCUGCUGGUAGCGUCAUAUUCUUCCGGAAGCGAUAAGUGACUGACUGACAUUGACAGGACCGUAUAUCAAAGAAAACUUCGCCGUUUUUUGAAAACAAUCUUAAUAGCGGAAGUGCAAGAAAUCCGACGUCAUGCUGCUGGGACUCGUCAGGGAAUCUGUCAUGCAGUGUUUCUGUCAUACGUGCAGGGCACCAAUUCCACCUGCCGUGGUGCGAAGUCAAGCAGCAAUUUCGAAAAUAAAAGCCAAACCACGAACAUAUCAACCGAAGAAAGUAAAAUUCGUUUCAACUGAAGUAAGAUGUCAAGAAAAAACCAGGGGAGGUCUCUGUUAUGAAGUUAUCCUGAGUGAGCCUGAAGUUAAGGCUGCUCCUCCUAAGAGACCCUCUUCCCCUCCCAAUAAAAAUAUGUCGAUACAGGAAAUUGAGGAAAAGCUGAAGGCCGCUGAAGAGCGGAAAAAGCAACUGGAGCAAAACAAAGUAGCUGCUCUGUCUGCACAAAUAAUGAAGAUUGAGGAAGCGUCUCGGAAGAAGGAUGAACAAACCAAUCAAUUUAUUUCUGCUACCAGAGAAGCUCUCGAGCAAAAGAUGGAAAACCAUAUCGGGAAACGCGAGGCAUUUAUUACUGAUCUCAAAACUAAAAUGAAGGAUCAUAUUGAGAAUGUGGAAAAAACAAGAAUGUCAUUAGAACAACAGUGUGAUGAAGUUCGACUUGCUCUGGAAGAAAAGAUGAAAAUUGCUUCUGCCCAACGUGAUGAUAACAUUAAAAAGAUGCUCGACCGUCUCAAGGAACAUGAAGAGCAAGUCAACAAGGUUCGCGCUAGCAAUUUAGUCAAAUUUCAGCAGCUCGACGCAGCUGUUCAAGAAAAGCUAGAACAGGCCCAAUUGAGACGAUCGCAACUCGAACAAGAACAAAAAGAAAAACUCAGAAAUCACAACAGCCAUUUAGAAGAAGUUAAGCAAACAGUAACAUCUACUGAAGAGGUUCGUAAAACAGAAAAAGUUGUAAAAAUCGAAACAAAACUAACUGUAGCAGAACAAAAUAGAGAAAAGGAGAUUCAAAAGAAAUUAGAAAAUAUAAAGAAAAACGAACGGCGUGCUGAAAUGGUACGCCAAAACAAGGCAAACAAGGUACAAGGUAACAACAUUCAAGAGACUGCUUCUUCAGGUUAAACAAUUGGAACCAAAGAUGAACUACAACCUUGCACACGUAUUUUUAUGUUAUUAUUAUUAACAGCUUGCUUUUAAAUAGACUGAUUAAUAUUGAAUUUUAGUGUAAUCCAAACUUACUAUGAUAUAUUUCUUUUAUAAUUAGCAACCCACAUUUUUUAUUAAAUUUUUAUUAUUAUUUGCCUUUUAUUAUGUUGUUACAUUUGCUUAUUUUUGGUACUUUAAAAAUUCUUAUACCUAUCGCAUCAAUUAUUAGUAUGUCACCUGUUAUUUUUGUUCAAGCAUUAAUUCUUAAUUAUAACAUAAUACUGCAUUGUUGUUACCGUAUUAUUAAAGGCAUAAAGUAUUACAAAGUAAAGGACUGCUUAGGAAAUAAAACAGUAUAAUAGAAAUGAAUUGCUGAUUUAGGCUGGUUUCAGUUUGAAUGUUAUAUUUGGAUGAAUUCACAAUAAGUAGAGGGGCAAUUACAAUAAAUCUAGACGUUGACUUCGUGAAUUUCUAGGACUUCGUUUUAGAACAUGAAGAUCGUUGGUUAUUUAUAAAUUACGAACGUUUUACAAACAUUACUUUCCCCUUCAUCAGAACUAGAAACAGAAGAGAAGACAUAGAAAAAAAAUUGAAAACUUAUGAAGAAAGGAGAAUAUACACUAGUAAGAAUAAGAAUCUAAACUCAUGCAACAGAAUAUAAUAAAAGCCAGUGAUUUCCGUCACCGACGACCUUCACUAUUGUGUUUCUCUACUGAUGGGGUUUCCAAUGAAGGGUCUGUGCUCUUGGUGGUGCACCAAAUCCUAAAGAAAAUCCUGCUGAAAGAAAAUGACUAAAACAGACAUAACGUUUAAAUAACAACACAUUUAUUAAUGUCACCACAUUGGUCAUUUCGCUGUAUGUACAGUAACUUCUUCAAGUCUCAGCUGAAAGAAAUAAUUUGUGUUGUAACUCAAACUUCUGUUUGUUUGCCGUUGUCACAAUAAUUAAAAGCUUCAUCGAUUCAGACAAAAAUUAUUUAAGGAUUAUAAUAAUUGAAUAAACAAAAGUCGACUAAUUGGGAAACUCGCGCGUGCCAAUUUGCUUAUAGACGCGAAAUAGUAUUUCACAACUUUUUAAUAACUAAAUUAUGAAAUUUUUUUAUUUUCAUAUCUUAGUUCGAUUUCUUCCUUUAUACAUUUCUGAAAGUUGUAAUGUUUAAAAAAACGUUGACAUGAUUAAUACCAACGAUUAAUACAAAUCAAACUCUGACAUAAAUACGAAGUCUUCUAGAAAUGAUUUCAUAAUCCUUCAGUUCUACAUUAAAAGUGUUUUAGCUAACAAAAUAACUAGUCGGACUACUUAUUAACGUCAACAAUAAGUUGAAAUAUAUUAAUGGAAAAAAUAAGUUUCACAAUAAAGCUUCGCAUUGUGAUAUUAUUUAAGUAAUAAAAAAGUUGUCUUGUACUUAUUUUUUGUUAUUUAUUUAAUAAAUUAACUGAUUAGCUUUGUAAUGUACCAAUUAAGCCAUAUUAAUAACGUCUCAAAAAAAUUAGUGUUAGCCUUACAAUGAUUAUUUCGUUUAUUCUGAUAACUCUUUUUCAGUACAUUUCUAAUUAAAAGAACUGAAUUAUCUGGUUGCAUCACAUCUCUAUGCUCCUAAUUGGUUCCAUCCAUUUUUAUUAGUUAAAUAAAUUCGUAAAACAAUUAAAUUUAGGAAACUAAUCGGGGUUCCUUCGACGUUUUAGUUUAGUAUAGAAAUUUUAGCGAAAUUUGUAGGAUGUUAAGUUUAAUAUUAACAUGAUAUCAGAAAAGAUUGCGCCGCUUAAAUACUAAAGACUUCCAGUUGAUAGGCUUACACUAAUGAGUUAAUGAAAUUCAUAAGUUAAUAAGAUGGAUUAUUAGUAACCCUUAAUGAUGUAACGUACCUACUAUUAAGGUCAUGCCUUGGGUAACUAAUGGUGAAACAUUUAAAACAGCAAAUGGAAUAUAUCAGUAUGACAUCAGUAAGAAUAAUUAUCAUUAUAGGCAUAAGUGUUGUAUAUUAUUUAUAUUGUAAGAACUUAUCAAAUUAUUAACUGUGUGAAACUGCCACUGUUGCUGCCUUGCGUGUAUCGAAUUGAUGAAUGAAAUCUUACUUAGCUUACAAUACAGGGGCGAAACAUUUUAUUGCUCACCAACAGGGGUGUGUUAUAAUUUAAUAUACAUUUAAAUAUAAACAAACAAUAAACUGCUAAAAUAGAAAUAGUAAUAAUAAUAAACAAUAAUAUUAAUUAAUAACGACAAUGUUACAACAGUACAUAUUGCACUUGCAGAAAUGAAUGUAAGCAUUUCUCACCUAUACUUAAUACUUAUUACUAGCUUCUGUGAUGGAUUGUUCUCUUUGAUGUAUAAAAUUUAUUAACAAAAAGAUACAUAUUUAAUUAAAAUGUAUAUCUGCCAUAUUUAUAUACAAGUAUGUGUAUGUAAUAUGUAGCGCAAAUAACUAAGCACCAACUUUAAUAAGAAUACCUUGUACGCUUUAGUAUGUUAGUAAACUACAUAGAAAGUUUAAGGUUUUUGCAGCUGUUUGUACGUUUGACCAUAGCGACUUUUAUAGGUGUUUUGUGAGGCAAAAGCUUGUUUCUUAAUAAAAAAACACUAACAAUG